AUGGGCACCCACAAAACCGCGUGCCUCCCCAGCGACCUAUCCCAAUCCCCAAACCCACCAACGUCCCCAAAUUUGGCUCCCUUGCCUUCCUUAACACCUCAGAGAAACCAGAGUCGUACAAAACCAAAAACAACCAAUCAAUCCCUCUGUGCUGAUAGAAUGCUGCAUUUGCCUUUUCAAUGCCCAAUUCGCCGCUUGUGGCUUUAUCGAGAUAACGUCAUUUCCCGGCGUUCUUCGACGAAACAAUGGGGUAGUUGGAUGAAAGCGUGGCGGUCGCCGGAGGCGGAGAUGUCGACGACGUCACCUGAUCCCCGAGAGACCUGUUUCGGCGCCAGGGCAGUCCUGCCUCGUGGAGACUUUUUGUCUGAGUCCCAAAGAACUUCCACGUAA